GCAUUGCAAAGGCUAGCAAUGCAACUAUGUAACAUGAUACUGCUGACUUGAAAGCUUUUAAGAUUGUAUUUGCCACGGCUAAGGCUAUAUGGGCCAAUUAAUUUUAGCAAGAAGCACAAAAAUGACUGCCAUGAUGGCCUAAACUUUUGAAGGUCACGUGGGUUUUGGCGCCUAAUCGCAAGAGGUUUAAAUAUUCCAUCGAACGAAGGUGGGCUGUUUUGAUUUGUUAUCUGCAGUGGAGUGAGGAAACUCUCGUGAAAGUUGGAUACCAUUUUGAUUGAAGUAGUAGCUCGCAAGUAACAUGGAUUCGUCUGCUACAUCACCAAAGAAAGCGAAGAAGGCAGCGGCGCCAAAGAAGCCUGCUGCACACCCUGCGUACAAGGACAUGAUCGCGGAAGCAAUCAGAAAUUUGAAGGAGCGAAAUGGGUCAUCGCGACAGAAAAUUGCCAAGUAUUUGCAGUCUAAUUACAAAGGUCUUGGUGAUGAGAGUGCUCUGAAGAGAAACCUUAAGGCCUCAUUGAAAAAACUGGUCGCCUCUGGUUCUCUCAUCCAAACGAAAGGGGUAGGGGCUUCAGGAUCGUUCAAGCUGCCUGUCGCCGCCAAGAAGCCUGCAGCAGUGAAAAAGCCAGUAGCUGCAAAAAAGGUUGCGAAAAAGCCAGCAGCAGCGAAGAAGGUUGCUGCCAAAAAAACUGCCUCUUCAGCCAAGAAAAGCCCUGCAAAGAAGAAGGCCUCGACACCAAAGAAAGCCAGUGGAGCCAACAAGUCACCAAAGAAGCCCAAGGCCAAAGUGGCAAAGAAGCCUAAAGUGGCUGCUGGUAAGAAGGCAUCGGCUGCUGUUAAGAGCAAACCCAAAAAGGCUGCCAGUGCCAGCAAGAAGACAGCAAAAUCACCGGCUGGGAAGAAAUCCAAGACUGGAAAGUCGAAGAAGUAGAAGUUGAAAAACGAAGUCAUGUUGCCACUUACCAUAUAAACAAACAGCUUUUUUAAAAGCUACCAAAUCGUCGGUCAUCGGUUCUGGAUUAGCCCUUUCGGCUGCAUUGAUAUCAUAAAAAUGACAUGUAGAGUUUUCAAAGCUGGUGGCCCACCAAGCCAGUGACAGUCAACUCAACCUUGUCUGCCACUUUGUUUUUUGUGAUGUUCUUUCCUGUAAUGAUUGUGAUGUUCUUGUAAUGAUUGGCACAAUAAUAAUAAAACCUUGUUAGGAAAAUGGCAUGAAAUAAUUCUGAAGUUCUAUGUUGGCUGUUAAAGCAAGCAUAAUAUUGCUAUUAGUUUGAUAGAAAUGAAAGAGCAAGCUUAACAGUUUUAUGGUUACAUUUCAAGCUUCUAUAUUUACGAUAUAGAUAGGAGGAUUCAGCAUCAUUACAGCCAAUUUCAGCUAAUUUCAGGUAAUGCCAAGCACUCAUUAAAUUAUUUUGACUACACAAUUGCAAAUGCAUACUCUCUUGAAAAUAAGCAAAAAAUGCAUUGAUAGAGUUAAUUAUAUAUUUUUGGUUGUAUUAUUAGGAGCUGUCAGUUAUGCAAAUUGAAGUAGCAUUUCAUUUGCCAAUGUGCAUGCCCACUAUACCUCAAAACUGGUUUGAAAGUAGGGGUGGGCUGCCUUUGAUGGGUUUUGAGAUUAAUAAACAGCAAGAGACAACUUUGGACAACACAUAGAUACAUAACCCUUGUGUAGUGAUGCUUAAGCUUGAAUAACCCUUACAAGAUAGGUAAUAAGAUUCAUCAUUGAAAAAGUCAGUUAAUUAUGUUGAGAACAAAAACUGCAAGUGCACUUGUAUUUGUCCCACACAGUCUAAAGCAUAGAAAUUGUGAUAGAAAUUGCACUUUUAAAUCCAAACUAUAAAUAUCAAGACUGGAUUGACAGGAGGGGAUCUUGAUGGGCAAUGACCUUAAUGAUAAGCAUGCAAAAAAUUUAGUCUAUUCUCAUGAAGCCAAUUUUUGGUAGGUUGUGAAGUUGCUCUUUGAAGAAUCUUUUUUUACAAUCUAUUUACACAAUCAGAGUUUAUCAUGUGAAUACAAGCAUUAAGUUUAGUCGUCUAUGAUUGGCUAUGAGAGGUUAGCUAUGAUUUAACUGCAUAGGGAAUAUAUAUUAUAUAUUGUUUAUUUACUAUGACCCCAACAUUUUCAAUCAAUUUUAACAUGGGGUUAGCAGAAUCUGAAAACUUUUUGCACCAAUAAUGUAUACAUGCAUUAUUGUUUUGAGUGCAAUUUUAGCCUUCAUGCUAAUUUGUCUUGUUUGCCUAAAGUGUUGAUCAUGAAAAAAAAUUUGCAUUUUACAUUUACUUGAAUGUGAGUCUAGCAGUAUAAAAAUGUGGUAAGUUAUUUUUUAUUGUCCCAUUGUACACAGUAUGCAAUGAUUUACAUUACAGGUGAUUUUGUGAGGAGUUAUUCCCUCCAUUCUCUCUUGGCUGUGCAAUUGUGAAUGGAUAGCAAGAAAGAACUGGGUAGUAAAGUUAAACUUUGGACUGAAGACUUGAAUCACUGUUGAGCAAGAUCUACUUGUAAGUAAGUAGAGAUAUAAGUAAACAUGCAGUUUUGGAUAUCUUAGUUUCCUUGGUGCUGAAAUUUGGAAUGACUUAUAAACAGGGAAGGAAAAAAUUUAAUGCUCUAUAAAUCAACCUUCUAAGCAAAGUUGUCUUCUAAGCAAUUCAUAGAUAUGGAGGAAGUCCCAGCCAAAGUAGUUUGCUUGUUAAAGACCUCCCUCUUUAAGAAUUCCCUUCAUUCAGAUAAUGCUUGCUUUAAAUUUAUUCCUCCACGUUUUCAAAUUGUACAUAUCUAAAGGCUUUUUAUAUACACAUGAACAUAUAUAUGAAACAUAUGAACAAAAGUAAACUGAUUUAAGUCGACCAUGUCGUGUGUAUUCUGGCUGGAGAAAUAUAAUCUCUGGUGUUCGUGGUGGUUUUUAAAAAAACCGUUUUUUCAAAGAAUUCAUCGACAAAGAUGAAAUUUGCUUGUUGAAUUA